AUGCUUGGAGCAAUGCAGGUAUCACAAUACGGUGAUCUAGCAAAUUGGAUGAUUCCGGGCAAACUUGUGAAGGGAAUGGGUGGGGCGAUGGAUUUAGUAGGAUCUGGUCGCACAAAAGUCGUCGUUACUAUGGAACAUAAUGCCAAAGAUGGCUCUCCUAAAAUACUCGAAUCCUGUAACUUACCUUUAACAGGAAAAAGUGUUGUGGAUCUCAUUAUAACAGAAAAGUGUGUAUUCGAAGUUGAUCAUGAAAAAGGUUUAACUUUAACGGAACUAGCUGAUGGUUAUACGACCGAAGAUAUUAUAAAAUUAACCGGUUGUCCAAUAAAUGCAAGUUUACAAAUCUCUGAUAAUGUUAAACCAAUGCAACAAGUUCAAACAAAAUCGUCUACAAAACAAGGUUAA